CAUGGCGAAUGGUGGUCAGGAGGGUGGUGCGGCCCCCGGGGCAGGGGGCCAAGGCCAGCAGCUCUCCUUCAGCCAGGCCUGCGCCCUUAUCCAGAGGCCGUAUUCGUGCCUGGUGCUGGACACCUGCCGGAGGCACAUCACCCUGGCCCCGGUGUACCUGAAGCGGCAGAGAUCCGGCAUCGAGAAGCAGCUGCGGAUGGAGUUACUGCGGUUCUCCGAGAGUCUGCAGGGUGUCCCAAUUGCUUUCGAUAAAGUCAGAUUAAUUGGUGAAUUGGGUGACAUCUAUGAUGACCAAGGAUAUAUCCAUGUCAAUAUUGAAGCAGAUUUUGUUAUCUUCAGGCCUAAAAUUGGACAGAAGCUGAUGGGUAUCGUAAAUAAAGUUGCUCCAAGUCAUCUUGGCUGUCUGGUACAUGGGUGUUUUAAUGCUUCAAUACCCAAACCACACAAGGCAAAUGGAACUUGGCCAGGUUUUGCAGUAACAGUGGGCGAUAGCUUGAAAUUUGAAGUUCUGCAGCUGGAUGCUGAUGUCGCUGGUGUACUGUGCAUUCGAGGACAGUUGCAUUUAAGGUUGCAGGCAACGUGUGUGGAUUCUGAAGGAUCACUUCAAGAUAAUACUGGAGAACAAAAUGAUGGGAUAGUACGUAAAAAGAAAAAGAAGAAAGAUGAGACAUGUGACCGAGAAGUUGAAGAGACUCUGAAUUAUGAGAUUUCAGACCAGAAUUGCCAUGAAGAUCAAAUGGGAAGCACUGAAGUAAUAUUAAACAGUAAGAAACACAAAAAGAAAAAACGGAAGACAGCAGAACUAGAUGCAGACACUGAAACCCAUGGGCGGGAUGACAGUGAUUAUUUCAGUGACAAAGCAGUUAAGAAAAAGAAAAGAAAAUUGUCUGGGGAUGAUUCGGAACUUUCUGGUUAUGCACAUAAAGCAAAAUGCAAAAAGAAAAAUGUUGAAAAAUAUAUUUAACUGUAUAUGUAGUUCUAAUAUUCCUUGCAGAUGAUUCACUUGCUCUGCAUUUUUAUUUUGCAAUUCACUUAUUGUAUUUUUUGGGGGCAUAUUCUGAAGAAUAUAUAAACUUCUACAAAAAGUA